AUGGAUGAUUCAAGCCUGUCCAGCACUGUCGAUGUAGACAAAGGCUUUGCCAUUGCCUUUGUUGUUCUUCUGUUUCUUUUCCUAAUAGUGAUGAUUUUUCGGUGUGUCAAGUUGGUAAAGAAUCCCUAUGAGACCACUUUCACAACCACAGAAUCAUCUCUGAGCUGA